AUGCUCCAAAAAAAUGAAAAGUUGACUUCUCCUACGAUUCAAAAAGAUAUUGUCAAUUGCUUUUCAAAAGAGGUAAUCAAGUCUAUUUGUGAUGAAAUUGGUAAAGAUGUGUUUGCUAUUUUAGUUGAUGAGUCUAGUGAUGUUCCCAUAAAAGAACAAAUAGUUAUAGUUUUGAGAUAUGUUGAUAGACUUGAGAUUGUAAAGGAAAGAUUUAUUGGAGUUGUUCACAUGUUGGAUACAUUUUCUUUUACUCUUAAAUCCGUCAUCGAUACCGUAUUUUCUAGCAAUAACUUUUCUGCACAUUAUAUACAUUGUUUUGCACACCAACUUCAAUUAGUGGUUGUGGUGGUUGCAAAGAAACAUGAUGAUGCUGCCGAAUUCUUUGAACAAGUAACUUUUGUGGUUACUGUCGUUUGUGGGUCUUGUAAGAGAAAAAAUAUGAUACGAGAGAUGCAAAAAGAAAGAGUAGCAGCUGAAAUUGGUAUUUGUGAAACUGAACCAGGAAGAGGGUUGAAUCAAGAGAUUUCUCUUGUUCGAGCUGGAGAUACUAGAUGA